AGCAAAGAAGAAGUCAGACGCCAGACAAGGAAGCCAUUGACACAAACAUUUGCUAACGAUCACUUUUAUUAUUAUUACUAUUAUUAUUAUUAUUACAGAUAGAUUAUUUUUUAUUAUUAUUAUGAUUACAGAUUGAUUUUAUUGCAGAUUGUGCUGCGCAAGAAAAAGAAAAAGAAGUUUAGUCUGAGAUGGCAAACUCUGUCUGGGCGGAUAAAAUCCUGCAGCUGCUGAACCGCAUCAAUAACUUUUAUUUGCCAGGUUCUUGUCGCACCAACUGCCGGCGCUUUGAGGUGGACGGAAGCCAAGUGGGUUUUAUUCUGCCACACGUGGCCUCGCUGCUGACACGCUACGGAGAUGUCUUCAAAGCGACACCAGAGGGCGCUCUUUCACUCUGCCAAAGCCUGGACUCCUACCACAAAAGAUCGGAGGCUGUGGACCAAGUCCUGAGGACGCUUCGACAACAUUCUACCCUGCGCUGCCUGGAAGGAUGGAGGGAUGAGAGGUACAACGUGAUGGACAAAUUCUCCCACACACCCGCCAUGUGGAUGGAGAGAGCAGCUACCAGUCUUUUUGGCGUGAAGCGCUAUGGGGUCCACAUCAAUGGUUACACCGUCAGUGAGAGCGGGGACAUCAGCAUGUGGCUUGCACGGCGCUCACCCACCAAACAAACCUACCCUGGACUGCUGGACAACCUGGCAGCAGGUGGUGUUUCUGCCGACAUGAGCAUCAAGCGCACGCUGGUGAAGGAAUGUGAGGAGGAGGCGUGUAUCCCAGAAUGCAUUGCACAGGAGGCUCGCCCAGUGUCCACAGUCAGCUACACCUAUGAAGACGGAGAGGGAGUGUUUGCUGAAAGUCAGUUUGUCUUCGACUUGGAGCUUCCUGCUUCUUUCAAGCCCAGAGUGGGUGAUGGAGAAGUGCAGGACUUCUACCUGCUGCCCAUACAGGAGGUGAAGGAACUUAUUGCCACUGAGGACUUCAAACCUAACUGUGCCUUGGUGGUCCUGGACUUUCUCAUCAGACAUUCUUUUAUUGAGCCAGAUAAUGAACCUUUUUACCAGGACUUUGUGUCUGGACUCCAUCAGGCGCUCUAGAACAGGUCUCCACCUUUUUACCAGGACUUUGUGUGUGGACUCCAUCAGGCGCUCUAGAACAGGUCUCCACCUUUUUACCAGGACUUUGUGUCUGGACUCCAUCAGGCGCUCUAGAACAGGUCUCCACCUUUUUACCAGGACUUUGUGUCUGGACUCCAUCAGGCGCUCUAGAACAGGUCUCCACCUUUUUACCAGGACUUUGUGUGUGGACUCCAUCAGGCGCUCUAGAACAGGUCUCCACCUUUUUACCAGGACUUUGUGUGUGGACUCCCAUCAGGCGCUCUAGAACGGAUCUCCACCUUUUUACCAGGACUUUGUGUGUGGACUCCAUCAGGCGCUCUAGAACAGAUCUCCACCUUUUUACCAGGACUUUGUGUGUGGACUCCAUCAGGCGCUC